CCCAGCAGAGUUGCAGCCACAUUAAAAAGGGGGAUCAAGUCGCCACAGUCUUCCCUACUGAUAGCUUAAGCAUCCAUUGACGUUUACCUUAUAAUGAAUGAAGCCGAGAUUUCAAAAUGUUUUGUAGUUGACCGCCAACUUUGCCCCAAAAGAAUUCCUUCCAUAACGGGUUAUUGUUAAAUGUUUAGGAUUUACCUACGUGUUGACUACGCAACUCAAUUGAUAAGCGAAAUUUCAUCACAUCAACUCACCAAUCUUAUCUUAUCACUACAAAAAAGAUCUUUCUUUCAGAUAUUUGUCCACCUAGAUAUCUACCGGAUGAUUAUUGAGUUGGUUGCUUUCCCUCGUCACAGUCGUCAAUGUCCAUCAACUGUGAAAUCAAGUUCGACGAGAAUCCGUAUGGAGUGUACCUACCGGGGCAAACCCUAUCCGGGAUCGUAGAACUUCGCUUGGACGAAGCGGUGGAGGUGAGAGGAAUUGCUCUACAAAUCAAGGGUGUCGCCGAAGUUUCUUGGUGCGAGAGUUCAGGAACUGGAAGUAGUCGUGAAACAAUUCACUAUCAUGGACGACAAGAUUACAUGAAUUCUACCACUUAUUUAGCUGGCUUAAAAGAUGGAACUAACAUUAACCUGUUGCCAGGACUGCACCCGUAUCGGUUUUCAUGCGAUCUACCGGCCAACUUGGUCACAUCAGUGGAAGCCAAACAUGGACACAUUCGUUACACGGUUAAGGUUAUUGUUGAACGUUCCUGGAAAGCUGAUCAGUCGUACAAAGUAGCAUUUACGGUUCUACGACACGUUAACCUGAGUGAGGAAAACUUCGAUGUGCGUCUACCGACCAAAACGACACAUGCGAAAACCUUCUGUUGUGGACCCUGCCGUUCUGCACCGAUGGUCUUUACAGCUGAAACCCCAAUUUCCGGAUACGUCCCUGGACAGACCAUAGCUGUUCGCAUCGAAGUCGAUAACCAGAGCAAUAAAACACUGAACGAAAUUGCCACCAAGCUUCUACGAGAAGUGUCUUUCAUUAGUCAAACUCCGUAUACUAGAGUCAAGACUUCUACUGCAGUUAUGGUGGAAAUUCGCUGUAAAGGUGUUGAAAAGCACCAGAAAGAUAGCUGCGUACAACAUCUCCUAAUUCCACCUUUGCCUCCAACCAAUAGAACUUGCCAAGUGCUUACGGUAAACUACGUACUCGAAGUGGAAGGAAAAUUUUCUGGUUUGACCAUUAACCCCAGAAUCCAGGUCCCCAUAACUUUAGGUACCAUUCCGCUGACGACGUCUGCGAUCCCUACUUUUGACGACGUGCCAAACAUGACAACUACAAUAGUGGUGCAGCCGAUGGCGUCCACUUCAAAUGCGCAAACACACGCCAUACCCGUGGAUCUUCCACCACCAAGUUACGAGGAGGCGACCCACACAAAUCGGGCAAACAUUCAGGAAGAGGGAGAAACCAACGAAAUCGGUUGUAAGGAGUUCUGUCCGAGGUAUAUAAUAUAUCGAUUCAGUGCCGAUGAACCUACGCUACCGGAAGUAUCCGAGUCCAAAUCGAAUAAGCAAUCCAUGGAGGUGGAGUAGUUAGGGAGGCGAUUAAGAGGAAUGAUCCAGCAUUAACAUUGAUAUUAAUAUUUUUUAUAAAUUUUUCGAUAAAUAAUUUAUGAUCAUAUAAAUUCCAUAAAAAUAAAUUAUGAUUCCAAUUAGAUACGAAUAACAAA